CUUUAAUAAUUCUAAUAAACUUCAGAAAAAAUAAUAGACAUGGUUCAUCUGCGAUACCUCUAUUUGAUUAUAGUGUUGACAUUUUUAACAUCUAAUAACUAUUGUGUCUAUCUACAUCAAUCUGAUAUACAUAGUGCUAUAACAAGAGGAGCAUCAGUAAAUAACAAGAUACGAGAAUAUUUUUCCAUUCUAAGAUACGAUAAAAGUAUCGACAAUUUAAAAAUUAGAGAAUUCACAUAUCCUCUGACUCCAUUUACCAUAUAUGGAAAUAUUGCCUUAGAAUAUGCUUUUGUUGCAGAUGCCCUGAAAUCCCUCCUCAAGGGAAAAUUAAAUAAAUACGAGAUUGGACCCUAUUUAUUAUCCCUUAAUAUAUCUGGCACAACUUUAGGUCAGAAAUGUACAAUUGAAAAAAAUUUGCGAAUUCAUACAUGUAAUAAAAAUGAAAAGGAAUUAGAUGGAUUUUGCAAUAAUUUAAAGAAUAAACAUUGGGGAAUGUCAAAUAUGCCCCACAAAAGACUUAUUGAACCCGAUUAUGGCGAUGGACUUAAUAAUCCUCGAAUCGCUAAAAAUGGAGGAGCAUUACCAAAUCCUAGAUUGAUAACUAAAAAUGUGUUUAGCAAUGUCGACAAGUUUCACAAUGAUAUGACAGUUAUUACGAUGACAUUUGGUCAAUUUAUUGAUCAUGAUAUUACGCACACUCCUUUUCCUACUGGUAAUAUUAAUUAUAAGAAUAAUUCCAGUCAUUUAACGUUGACUGAUUCAAAAAUUAUUUUUUGGCCAAUUCCCAUUCUCUAUUUAUAUUCCGUUCGAAUGCUAGCCUAUGAUGCUAUUGCGAUUAUUUGUAUCUGUUGGCGAUUGUUGUAUAUUCCAAUUUAAGCACCCAUUAUGUUAUGGUAUGCCAUUUCCUCCAGAUGAUCCUUUCUUUUCAAAAUUUAAUCAAACAUGUAUGAAUGCCGUUAGAUCUUUUCCAGCUUUAAGACCCGAUUGCAAAAUCGGUCCUCGAGAGCAAAUGAAUCAAGUUUCUUCAUAUUUAGAUGGCUCAGGGCUAUAUGGAAGCAUAAUUGAAGAUAAUUUGGCUUUGAGAGACACAACAACACCUAAAAUGAAAGUUCAAACUCAUCCAUUCAACCAUUUAAUGAGAGAGUUAUUACCAGCUCAAGGUAAUAUACAAAUUGAGGAGUGUAUAUAUGCACGAAGGGCUCGUUAUCAUUGUUUUAGAGCAGGCGAUGAAAGAAGUAAUGAAAAUACCCCUUUAACUGCAUUGCAUACGAUUUGGCUUAGAGAACAUAACAGAAUUGCUGAUUGGUUGCAACAUAUUAAUCCCCAUUGGUCUGCUGAAAAAGGUUUUCAAACGACAAGAAAAAUUGUUGGAGCCAUGUUACAACAUAUCACUUAUAAGGAAUGGUUGCCUAUCUUGCUUGGACCUAUAGAGAUUCAAAAACACAAAUUAGAAUUGGCAGACACGGGUUAUUUUUCGGGUUAUGAUGACAAUAUAGAUGCAACAAUUGCGAAUUCGUUUGCGGCAGCCGUCCUGAGAUUAGGGCAUAGUUUAAUCAAGUAAAUAUAUUGUAUGGAUUUAUAGGGUAUUAACUUUUUUUAAAUAAUGUUCAAAUUCAGACUUUAACUGGACUUGGGACAGAAAUUUGUAAGCCCCGGCCCGAAGCAAAAUAUUUUUCAGACAUGAAACCAUAGCGCAUAACUUAGUUAAUUCGCAGCCCUAUAUUGU